GACAAGAUGUUUCGCACCCCCAAGUGCUCACGGUGCCGGAACCAUGGCUAUCUGGUGCCAGUCAAGGGCCACGCGGGCAAGUGUCGCUGGAAGCAGUGCAUCUGCGAUAAGUGCUACCUGAUCACCGAGCGCCAGAAGAUCAUGGCUGCCCACAAGGUGCUCAAGACCCAAGCUGCCGAGGAGCAGGAGGUGACCACGGGCACCCAGGGGCCCCAGCUGCCUCCCGGGGCUCCGGUGGCGGCGGCCACGGCGGCCGCCUCCUCAAGCUCGAGCAUUUGCUCACUGCCCAGGGUGGCUCCGGGAGGCUCCCGGCCAGGCCCCGUGGUCACCUGCUUCCUCGAGAGGCCCCCACCGGUCCGCAGCCCCGGUCUGAGCGCCUUCCAGCGGGUCCCAGGCGGCCGCCCGGGCCCCAGCACCUUCCAGUCUGGCCUGGGGGUUCCCGGGGGACCGCACGACCGUCCCUCUGCGUGGCUGCCCCAGGGCAGCCCGCAGGUGCCCAGGCCCGAGCCCUAUGGCCCCGAGCAGCGCCUGCCACUGCGGCCCGUGCCCCGACUGCCGUUCACCGACUACGGGCAUCCUCUGAGAUUCACCUCUGAUCACAUGGUGGGAACCGGGUACCCUGAGAGAGAGCCUUUCAACCAGUGCCCUGCCUGUGUCCCCAUCCCAUCCUACCAGCCCUUCCCGCUGGAUGGCCAGGAUGCAUCCUCAGCUGUGGGGAUCCCGCAGCAUAGAAGCUUCCGUCAUGUCUCCUGUAGCCCCUACCACGGAGGCAGCUUGGUGUCAGAACCAGCCCGAGACCUCCAGCCAACCUACUGCUCACCGCCGCCACCGCCGCUCCCACCUGCACCGUCGCAGCCACAGCAGCCCCCGGUCCUCCCACAUAACUACCUCUCUGCUCUCCACUUCCUGCCGCCGCCACCGCCGCCGCCUUCUCCACCGUCCUUCUCACUGGCCAUCCUGUGUGACACAGACACAGAGAAUACCAAUAACCAGGACGCAGAGGCAGACGUGCCCAGCCAGUCCGGCCAGCACUCCUCCCAGGAGCACUCUUCCUAG